ACUCCAUGGUAAUUCUGCAACUCCCAAACCCUAGAAAUUCAAUGAAGAACCCUAACAAAUUUCGAAGAUCUAGAUUCCUCAUUGUGGAAAAACAACGAUGCAGGCGCACAAAGUACGGAUUGCAAAAUAGGGUUCCAAAUCAAGACGGCAUGUCGAUUCUCGCAGCGGAGAUGGCAACAGCGGGCUUCUCCUCCGCCGGGCUCUCCCAAACCCUCCAAACCCUACAAUAAAAAAUGAAAUGCGAUCCAUAAAGCUAUGAAUCCGAAUUACAGUAUCUUUACAAAUAAUUCAAAUCCUUACUCAAGCUUUUCGCGGAUCAAGCGGCUCUCAGCUUCAAUUCAGUUAGCGGCAUUGCCUCUGACACACCUUGGUGAUAAGGCCAUGUUCUUGGCUCACAUGACUCCGUUUUACCCUAAGGAGCUCACCGUUCUUCUUCGAACUUCCGGGAAGUCAUUGUGGGAAUUUAAUGAUCAGGACAGGAAAGCGUUAGAAGAAGACCCUUCCGUAUUUGAUUAUGAUGAUAUAAAAUCGAAAAUGGUUCAGCUGAAAGCCGAAAAUAAGCAGCAGCGCCAGUUAUUUGAACAAAUGGAAUGAAUAAGAAUGAAAAUGCAACACAAAUCCAACAGAGCAUCUACAUCUGGCACGACUACAUGUAUAUUCAAAUUUGCACUUAUGUUCAACUUUUAGGUACUUCACGCUUCAUAAUACGUAUUGUCAAUAUUUUGAACUAAAAAAUUACGAAUCAAGUUUACUAGACAACAGUUUAGUGUCAUAUUAUAGUUUCUCUAUGAAUCAUGGGUUUGUGCUUGACAUCAGUUUAAUGGACAUAAAUUUAGAUAGUUUAGUGUCAUAUUAUAGUUUCUCUAUGAAUCAUGGGUUUGUGCUUGACAUCAGUUUAAUGGACAUAAAUGUAGCUUGGACUAUUGGAGAAAAUGUGAUUUAUGUCGUGUC